AUGGCCGACAUCUCCCCGUCGAGUCGCGCCGACGAGGUGCAGACGCUCUUGAAGGCCGUCGAAGACCUUCUUAUUCCUUUCAUCCGAUCCGCAGACGAGCCCUCGGUCCCCGAACACCACAAGAACGGCGCCAAUGGACACUCGAACCCAGACGGAACAUCCUUAGUCAACUAUAAGAAACCAGAAGAGCUACGAGAUAUCCUCCAACUAGAGAUCCCAGAGCAAGGUCGGAAGCAGGAGGGCUUGAUUGAGGUUCUGCAAAAGGUUCUGAAAUACUCGGUGAAUACCUGGCACCAGGGCUUUCUCGACAAGCUAUAUGCGUCUACAAACGCUCCCGGUGUAGCAGCGGAGCUCAUUCUUGCGACCUUGAACACCAACGUGCACGUCUACCAAGUCUCGCCUGCCCUCACGGUCAUUGAGAAAUUCACCGGUCAGCGACUAGCAAACCUCUUUGGAUUGAACGGUCCUCGCGCAGGAGGCAUUUCGGUCCAGGGCGGCUCGGCUUCAAAUACUACGUCAAUUGUCAUUGCUCGCAACAAUCUCUACCCGGACACUAAGGCAGACGGUAAUGGCGGGUACAAGUUCGUGCUCUUCACCAGUGCUCACGGCCACUACAGCAUUGAGAAGGCUGCUCAAAUGCUAGGAUUCGGCAGCAACGCCGUCUGGCCCGUACCAAUCGAUAAGCAGGGCCGAAUGAUCCCGACCGAACUGGAGAAACUGGUGCAGAAAGCGCAGAGUGAAGGCCGAACUCCAUUCUACGUCAACGCCACGGCCGGUACAACGGUCAUGGGCUCCUUCGACCCUUUCAAUGAAAUCGCCGCUAUCUGCCAGAAAUAUAACCUGUGGUUCCAUAUUGAUGGCUCCUGGGGUGGUUCGUUCAUCUUCUCCAGCAAGCAGAGACACAAGCUGGCCGGCUCGGAGAAUGCGAAUAGCAUUGCGAUCAACCCGCACAAGAUGCUCGGUGUACCGGUGACAUGCUCGUAUCUUCUGGCUGCAGAUAUUCGACAAUUCCACCGAGCCAAUACCCUCCCUGCGGGCUACCUCUUCCACAACGAAGAUGCCGAGCCAACUCAGAACGGAGACACGCAUGAGUCCGAGUUGGAGCCUGAUUCACCCGAGGUGUGGGAUCUCGCAGACCUAACUCUCCAAUGUGGUCGUCGUGCAGACUCACUCAAGCUCUUCCUCGGAUGGACAUACUACGGCAGCGAGGGAUAUGAAAAACAAAUUGAUAACGCUUGCGAAGUAGCCGCACACCUGGCUACGCUCGUCUCGCAAAACCCCAACUUCACCCUCGUCAGCGAGAACCCGCCUCCCUGUCUGCAGGUUUGUUUCUACUACGCGCCCGGCAAGGAAAUGGUGUACCCGCGAGGCAUUGUCUCGAAUGAGAAGCAGCGGGCUGCGAAUAAUAGCAAGGUUACGGAGCAGAUUACGCAUGCGAUUGUGCGUAAGGGCUUUAUGGUGGACUUUGCGCCUCCCAGUGGGGAUGCGAAUGAAGUUGGGAAUGGCAAGUUCUUCCGCUGUGUGGUGAAUGUGUUGACUAAUAAGGAGACGGUUGAGAAUCUUGUGCGUGCUAUUGAGGAGGUUGGUCCUGGUAUUAUUGAGACUUUGAAGUCGGAUACUCCGGUCGUUCAGAAGUGGAAGCGGCCUGGUGAGCAUGGACAUGGUCCCGUUGUUCAUCACCGUUGA